GCAACAAUCUGCCCAAUAUAUAUUGUCAAGUGUGGCGCCUCAGUAACAGGCGUUUAACUCUCCUGCUUAACAAUCAAUUUCCUCCUACAUUAGCAUCGCAAACUAGCUUACGAGGUGAACGUCCACCUCGUCCGAGAAAGCGUCUUUGAACGUAACUGGAGCACAAGGAUGCCAUCCCCGAUGGAGGGAUCGUCCAGAGAAGGUGACCUCUUUACUGUGAAACACGAGCUGAAAAACGCCAACUUGACGGGCCACGUCGAGAGGGUGGGCAUCGAAAACUUUGAGCUGUUAAAGGUCCUCGGCACCGGAGCAUACGGCAAGGUGUUCUUGGUGAGGAAAGUGAGCGGCCACGAUGCCGGGAAGCUGUACGCCAUGAAAGUGUUGAAGAAGGCCACCAUCGUGCAGAAGGCAAAGACGGCCGAACACACGCGCAGCGAGCGCCAAGUGCUGGAGCAUAUUCGCCAGUCGCCGUUCCUUGUCACGCUUCACUACGCCUUCCAGACGGACACCAAGCUGCACCUCAUUCUCGAUUAUGUAAAUGGUGGGGAGCUCUUCACACAUCUGGUGCAAAGAGUGCGAUUUAAGGAGCUAGAAGUUGCUUUGUACAGUGGAGAGAUUGUGUCGGCACUAGAACAUCUGCACAAGCUCGGGAUCGUCUACCGGGACCUGAAGCUUGAGAACAUUCUGCUGGAUUCAAGCGGUCACAUAGUUCUCACAGACUUUGGCCUCAGCAAAGAAUUUGAUCAGGUGGAAAGAGCGUUUUCUGUCUGUGGCACCAUCGAAUACAUGGCCCCAGAAAUAGUGGAAGGAGGAGAGUCCGGACACGACAAGGCGGUGGACUGGUGGAGCCUCGGCGUGCUGAUGUACGAGCUUUUGACUGGCGGGUCGCCGUUCACCGUCGACGGCAACGAGAACUCGCACACGGACAUCGCCAAGAGGAUUUCAAAAAGGGAUCCUCCUUUCCCCAAAGAUAUGGCACCUCUGGCCAAAGACCUCAUCCAGCGACUCCUCGUCAAAGAUCCAAAGAAGCGAUUGGGCUCCGGUCCUGACGGAGCGGAGAACGUAAAGAAACACCCGUUUUACCAGAAAAUGAACUGGGAGGACUUGGCAGCUAAGAAGGUGCCCGCCCCGUUCAAGCCGGUGAUUCGAGACGAACUGGACGUCAGCAACUUUGCAGAGGAGUUCACGGAGAUGGACCCCACCUACUCUCCUGCAGCGCUGCCCCAGAACUGUGACCGCAUCUUUCAGGGCUACUCCUUCAUGGCCCCCUCCAUCCUCUUCAAGAGGAAUGUGGUGAUGGACGACCACGUCCAGCUGUGCGGCGGCUCCGAGAGGCCAAGCUCUGCCGCGGUGGCCCGCAGCGCCAUGAUGAAGGACUCCCCGUUCUACAUGAGCUAUGAGAUGGACCUGAAGGACAGCGCUCUGGGAGAGGGCAGCUUCUCCAUCUGCAGACGCUGCACACACAAGAAGACGGGACUGAAGUACGCAGUCAAGAUCGUCAGCAAGAGGAUGGAGGCCCAGACUCAGCGGGAAAUGGCCGCCCUGAAGCUGUGCGACGGCCACCCGAACAUCGUCAAGUUGCAUGAGAUCUACCACGACCAGCUCCACACGUUCAUGAUCCUGGAGCUGCUGGGCGGAGGCGAGCUGCUGGAGAGGAUCCGCAGGAAGCAGCACUUCAGCGAGACGGAGGCCAGCCGCAUCAUGAGGAGGCUGGUGUCGGCCGUCAGUCACAUGCACGACGUGGGCGUGGUGCACCGGGACCUCAAACCGGAGAACCUGCUCUUCACGGACGACAGUGAGAACUCCGAGAUCAAAAUCAUCGACUUUGGCUUCGCGCGCCUCAAACCGCCAGACAAUCAGCUGCUGAAGACGCCGUGCUUCACCCUGCAGUACGCGGCGCCGGAGAUCCUCAAGUACGACGGCUACGACGAGUCCUGCGACCUCUGGAGCCUCGGGGUCAUCCUGUUCACCAUGCUGUCUGGCCAGGUGCCGUUUCAGUGUCAGGAGAAGAGCCUGACUCACACCAGUGCUGAGGAGAUUAUGAAGAAAAUCAAACUGGGAGACUUCUCCUUUGAAAGCGAGGCGUGGAGAAACGUGUCCCAGCAGGCCAAGGACCUGAUCCGAGAGCUGCUGACGGUGGACCCGAACAAGAGGAUCAAGAUGUGCAGCCUGCGCUACAACGCCUGGCUGCAGGACGACAGCCAGCUGUCCUCCAACCCGCUCAUGACGCCGGACAUCCUGGGCUCCUCCACGGCCGCCGUCCACACCUACGUCAAAGCCACCUUUCACGCGUUCAACAAAUGUAAGCGUGAAGGUUUCCGCCUGCAGACGGUGGACAAAGCGCCGCUGGCCAAGAGAAGGAAGAUGAAGAAGACGAGCACCAGCACGGAGACGCGCAGCAGCUCCAGCGAGAGCACCCGCUCCUCGUCCUCCUCCUCGCAGUCGCAGGAGAAGACUUUCACGGAGGGCGAAGCCAAGCCGCCGACGCCCCUCACCUCGCCCCUCACCACGCCCCUCACCUCGCCACUCACCACGCCACUCAGCACGCCACUCAACACGCCACUGGACACGCCCGCGGCCAUAGGAGGCGACGCCGAGCACCAGCCGGCCUUCCACUUCUCUGAAGGACAGUAAGAUGGCGAGGGCCAAAAAAAAUGAGGAAGAAAUUCUGAUGGUUUUAGGACCUGGCGGAUUCAGAUGGUUUCGUGACCCGGUGGAUUCAGACAGUUUCGUGACUCGGAGGAUUCAGACAGUUUCGUGACUCGGAGGAUUCAGACAGAUUCGUGACCCGGAGGAUUCAGGUUUUAGGACCCGGAGGAUUCAGACAGUUUCGUGACCCGGCGGAUUCGGAUAGUUUCGUGACCUGGAGGAUUCGGAUAGUUUCGUGACCCGGAGGAUUCAGAUGGUUUUAGGACCCAGAAGAUUCAGACGGUUUUAGGACCCGGAGGACGGCUCUGGCCCGGCGUAGAGACCUCCGUCUCUGGCAGCUCUCCGCAUCCGGCUCCACCUGCAUGGAUGUUUCCAGAACCAAAGCAUGCGGCGCCCGUCACCUCGAUAUCAUUCAACCUUCUCUAGCAAUAGCCUAAUCCUUUUUGUUUCCUCUCACUUUCACAAACAGACUGUUUUUUCAAUCAGGGACCAGGAAGAAGUCGGCACCUGUGUCCAAAAUGAGGGAAAAAAGGUGGCUGACUGUUUCCACAUGGGGUGGAGAAAGGGGUAAACAAGAGACAACAAGAGGGCAAGAAGUGCAUUCAUUUUGUCAGUUUAAGGGUUCGGGUAUCGCAAGCAGAUUUGCAUACGUCACUCCCGGCUUAAUUUCGCGGGUGCCGUGAACAGAUUUGCGUCCGUCACUUCCGCCAAGUGGUUAACGUCAGUGUUCCAUUUGAUACAGACUUAUCAGCCACGCAGUGCACUACAGAUGUCAGUGCGCUGUAUUGCAGUGUACUGUAUUGCAGUGUACUUCGUAAAGUGUCCGGUAGUAGACACAGCCUGAGUGUUUACAUCGCGGAAGAAGCAGUAGUAACAGGUUGUCUAUUUGUGCAUUUUACAGACUUAAGAUUUAUUUAUGAUAAGCUAUAUCGUUAACUUAUUUAGGGUUCGGACUGAUCUGAAAAUAAGUGUGUGUGUGUGUGUGUGUGUGUGUGUGUG